AUGACCUUCCCAGACGCCGCAGCCAUCGCCGAGCGCCGUGCCCGCUUCCGAGCCCUCCAUGAGAGCGGGUGCUUCAUCAUACCGAAUCCCUGGGACGUCGGAAGCACCCUCUACCUCGCCAGCACGGGCUUCAAGGCCGUCGCCUCAACGUCGUCGGGAUACGCCUGGUCGCGGGGACAGCAGGACAGCACUCUGACACUGGACGAGACGCUAGCACACCUCCGCCAACUGGUUGCGGCCAGCGACUUGCCCGUCAACGCCGACUUUGUCGACGGUUUCGGCGCGACUCCCGACGAAGUCGCGGCAAGCGUUAGUCGCGCGAUUGAAACCGGUGUUGCCGGCUUAUCGAUCGAGGAUUCGUACUCGGCUCCUUCGGAACGCGAGAAGCAUUCCGAGCCCCUCCGUCCAAUCGCUGAAGGGGUUGAGCGCGUCGCAGCCGCCCGUCAGGCUAUCGAUAAGUCGGGGAUGGACGUGCUUCUCGUCGGCCGCGCUGAGAACUUUAUCGUCGGUCGCCCCAAUAUCGACGACACUAUCGCACGCCUCAAGGCAUACUCGGCUGCCGGCGCGGAUUGCCUUUACGCGCCGGGCAUUUCUGCGCCAGAGCAUAUCACGGCCGUCGUGGCUGCCGUCGCGCCCAAGCCUGUCAAUCUCCUGGUUGGGGGGACGUCGGACUUCAACCUCAAGGAUAUUGAGAAGAUGGGGGUGCGGCGGGUCAGCAUUGGGGGUGGACUGGCUAGGGUUGCGUGGGGCGCUACUAUGCGCGCGGCGACUUUGCUCGCCGAGGGUAACUUUAGCGGCAUGGAGGGCGCGACGUCGGGUGAUGUUUUGAACAAGAUUAUGCGCGGGUAG